CCGUCGGUUGCUCGGCUUCGCGUCGCAUCUACCGACCCCUCACCCACAUGGAAAGCGAGGAGGAGGUGAGCUGCAGCUGCUGCGACGGGGCAGACUGAGAAAGCCCAACGAGCCAAGCGCUCCUUCCUUUCCUCGACGUCAAGCUCCGUCCCUCUCCCAUGGAUUCGAUCUGGGAGGCGAGGAGCUGAGGCCGGGACGGGAGGACGAGCUGCUUGGGGGAGGGAUAGCUCAUAGCGCGUAGCGGCAGCGGCAGCGGCGGCGGUGGCGGCAGGCAUGAGCUGGAGACGAGGCGGAGGAGGUGAUGGAGGAGGGGUGUCGAGGAGGUGGGCCGUCCUGCUCUGCGUCGGCAGCUUCUGCCUCGGCCUGCUCUUCACCAACAGAAUGUGGACACUGCCUGAGGCAAGUGAGAUUGCUAGGCCAAAUGCAAAUGUAGAGGAAGGCAACGUGCCAGUUGCUGGGGAGUGUGGUUCUAAAAAGGUCCAAGAAAAGCAAGAUUACAGAGAUAUUUUACAAGUCCAAGAUAGCCAUCAUGAUGUACAAACACUAGAUAAGACGAUAGCAAGCUUAGAGACAGAGCUCUCAGCUGCAAGAUCACUGCAAGAAUCCCUGCUGAACGGCUCCCCUGUUGCUGAAGAGUUUAAAGUUUCCGAAUCAAUUGGGAGGCGAAAGUAUCUUAUGGUGAUAGGGAUCAAUACCGCGUUUAGCAGUCGCAAGAGGAGAGAUUCCAUACGUUACACCUGGAUGCCCCAAGGUGAAAAGAGGAAAAAGCUUGAAGAAGAGAAGGGGAUCAUUAUUCGGUUCGUCAUUGGCCACAGUGCUAUAUCAGGUGGAAUUGUUGAUAGAGCAAUUGAAGCAGAGGACAGGAAACAUGGGGAUUUCAUGAGGAUAGAUCAUGUUGAAGGAUAUCUUGCAUUGUCAGGCAAAACCAAGACCUACUUUGCUACAGCUGUUUCACUAUGGGAUGCUGACUUUUAUGUUAAGGUUGACGAUGAUGUGCAUGUGAACAUAGCAACACUUGGACAGAUUUUGUCAAAACAAGCAUUGAAGCCGAGGGUAUAUAUUGGAUGCAUGAAAUCUGGACCUGUCCUAUCUGAAAAGGGCGUGAGAUAUUAUGAACCUGAGCACUGGAAAUUUGGGGAAUCAGGAAACAAGUAUUUUCGGCAUGCUACUGGUCAAUUAUAUGCUAUUUCAAAAGAUUUGGCAACCUACAUAUCUAUAAACAAGCAUAUCCUGCACAAGUAUAUAAAUGAGGAUGUUUCAUUAGGAUCUUGGUUCAUUGGGUUAGAUGUUGAGCAUAUUGAUGAUCGGAGACUUUGUUGUGGUACUCCGCCUGAUUGCGAAUGGAAAGCUCAGGCGGGGAACAUUUGCGCCGCGUCAUUCGAUUGGAGAUGCAGCGGCAUAUGCAACUCCGAGGGGAGGAUCUGGGAAGUCCACAACAAGUGCGCCGAAGGCGAGAAGGCGCUGUGGAACGCCACUUUCUAGCACAGAAAAAAAAGGAACAGCAACAGAAGCUGCUAUAUAAUAGAUCAAACCAUUUUGACUGUUGUUUGUACAUUGCCCCACGGUUUUGUGUGUAUGUAAUUCGUUGUAGGUAGCUGUGAUUUUGUAACAAGCGAGCUAACACCGACGAAAGCGGACCACAAUUUUAGGUAGCGUCUGUCAGCCGGUGUCAGUGAAGAAGAAGAUGAAGGAUAUGAUGUGAGUGGUGAUGCAUUUUUUUGUGCGGUAAAAUGUCUAAGGUGGUCAUUUUGUACCGAUCUCCUGUACCGUAUGUAUGGCUGCCGAUAUGUGAGACCAAAAACAAUAAAACUUUCAUGCCUGCCUGGCGCCUUAUCUCAA